UAGGCCCCGCCUCCGGCCACACCCUCUCGUGGAACCUUUGAGCAGUAUCUCGGCUAACCCCACCUGUUAACUUUUCCCCAGAUACACCUCCUUCUCUGAUUGGUUGGUACUUCACCGUGCUCGUACCCGUGAUUCCUUUUCCGGCCAGCAGGUGUCAACCAGAGGUCGCAAACGGGUUUUGAUUCCUUACCCGUACCCGGCCGCACCAGGGUCGCAAAUGGGUACCCGUACCCGGGUAUCGGGUAGGAUACGGGUAUCGGGUACCCGGUUGCGACCUCUGGUGUCAACCUAUCAUUACCCAUAUUUACACACUGCACGACGUAAUCAUACAAGGGAGGCACAGGACCGGUUCAGAUAUUCUCUGCCAUUGUUAAAAACCGUGAGAGGGAAUUAAACUGUCCAUGCAGUUAGUAGCAGACUGCGUUGACUGCUGCACCAUUACUCCGAACAUUACACUCUCACGCACACAAAUACAAUCAUAUACUCAUGGUCUGAAAUGAUGACCUGGAUAUGCCUCAAUUGGAAUUACAUUUGAUAAAAUCUCAACUUACUGUUGGGAGUCUUGCGACUCAGCGAGGCUCUCACCAUACGGGAAGGAAUGGUGGGAGUACCAAAAUUGCUAUUCCAGUCUUGCGAAUGCACUCGCUUGCACUUGCUUGCCUCUGCUCCCUGAACAGACAACCAAGCAUUACGCUAAUUUGUUUGGCACAUUCCGUUGGUUAAUUUCCUAAUAGAAUUAAGCCCAGCCAUGUGUUGUAUACAACAUUUAGCGGUAAGUACCUGGCGUUGCCCGGGCGGUAAAGGCAGACACACACAUAGACACACACACAGACAUCAACUUUAGACACACAUAUGUAGUUACACACACAAAUGGACACACACACACAUAGACUUACAUAUCGACUCAUACAUACAUACAUAGACUCAUCAACCGCCAUUCGCCACUAAGUGGCGGUGACGUAACCACAACGUUUGUGGCAGGCUAUGUGCACCUUGAGGCCACGUGAAGUGUCAAACUCCCGCUGGCAGGAGGUCACGGGGCAGAGCCAAAUGCCACAGGUCGAUUGACUGAGACGACUGGCUGAUGCAGCACCUGUGUCCCCUACUGUGCCAACUUGCUGUGGUUUAGCCACCCGGCGCUCCGCUCGUUGUUGUGAGCGUCGCGUGGAGUGUCCGAUGCUACAUACUCACACACACAUUGACCUACACAAACACACAUGGAUUUACCAAGACACACAUCGACUUAAACACACAAACAUGGACUUACACACACACGGACCCACGCACACACAUCGACUUACACACACAUACAUAGACUGACGCAAACAAAUGAACUUACACGCACAUAUCGACGCACACACACACACAUGGACUCUCACAUACACACAUUGCCGUACACACAUCGACUGACACACAGACUCCCACACAAACAUACAUGUACUCACACGCACAUAGAGGCACACACACAUGCACUGACACACACACAUGGACUUACGCACACACAUGUACAUACAGACAGACGUGGACCAAAAUACAGAAAGAAAUGGACUUACACUGACUCACAUGGAGCGACGCACACACAGUGACUAACACACGCACAACAAAAACAACUGCCAUUCACCACUAAGUGGUGGUGAUGUCACCACGACGCUUGUGCCAGGCCAUGUGCACCUUGAGGCCACGUGAAGUGUCGAACGCCUGCUGGCAGGAGGUCAUGGGGCAGACCCAGGUGCCACGGGUCGACUGACUGAGGUGACCGAGAUGACUGGCUGAUGCACCAUCUGUGCCCCCUACUGUGCCAACUUGCUGUGCUUUAGCCACCCGGCGCUCUGCUCGUUGUUGUGAGCGUCGCUCCUCCGCCCUCCGUUGUUGUUGGAGGGUGACUGCCUCCAACUGCCCAGUAGCGUCCUUCACGAGCCUCCUCCACAGAGGCCGAUCUUGACACCGCUGGUACCAGUCAUUGCCAAGUCCACUCAGUUCCACGUCCUCCUGUACCACAUCAUUCCAUCUCUUUUCUAGCCCGUGCCGUGCCCGUUUAGCCCCCUCGAUCCAGCCGAACAAAAGCUGUUUAGGCAUGCGGUGGCUGGGCAUGCGGGCUAAAUCACCCAGCCAACGCAGCCUUGCCUGCCGGAGGAGCUCACCGAUGGCACUUUGCCCAGAUCUUUCAAGGAUUUGUGAGCUGCUCACACAAUCCAGCCUGGUUAAACCCAGGAUGGAUCGUAGGCAGGCCAGCCUAACGUUUCGCAAGCGUAGAGAAGGGAGGGAAUGACUGUGGCCGAGAAGACCUGCAGCUUCGUGCGGAGCGACAGACCAGGUAGCUUCCACACAGCAUUACGCAACCGAUUAAAAGUUAUUGCCGCUCGACUGAUUCGGAGUGAGACCUCUGCUGUUAAACUGGAGCCGGUCAUAAGCACACUGCCCAGGUAUGGGAAACUCUCCACUCUCUCCACAACUGCCCCAUCACAGAUUAGGAGUUGUGUGGGUGGAGUGUCCGAUGGUACAAAAUACCCAGGCAGGUGCUUAGUUUUGGUGGGGCUGAUGGUAAGGCCCCACCUCGUAGUGGCCCGCUCCAGUCUCAGCAGCAGCGUCUCCAACUCCUCCUCUGAAUGAGCAGCUAUUACCAAAUCAUUGGCAUACAUGACGUGGUUGACCAAUAGGGAGCCAUCCCUUGAUUGCACCCGGGCAUCCAUCAGCCUCAAAUUAUAUCUGUACAAAAUCGAAAUUUUCCCAGUACAGCUAUUGAAGGCUUCACGAACUACGUGGUCAAAAUAAAUGUUAAAUAAUGUGGGAGCCAGAGGACAUCCCUGUCGCACCCCAAGGUGUACAGGGAAUGGCUCUCCCGGCCACAUAGAUUUACCUGGGCCCACUCACCAUCAUGAAGGUCCUUAAUGAUCGUGAGCAGAGGUUCAGGGACUCCGAAAGCACGAACAACCCAGAGCCCAGGCCUACUGAUGGUAUCAUAGGCCUUGACCAGGUCAAUAAAGCAGAGAUGUAGGUCUUGUUGGAAUUCCCUACACCUCUGCUGUAGCAGACGGACAGAACAUAUGGCAUCUGUGCAGGACUGCCCUUUCCUGAAACCGCAUUGGGGCUCCGCAAGCCUCUCCUCCGCGUGCCUAGCAAGGCGAUGUUGAAUAAUUCUUGCCAGGACCUUUCCCGGCACACUGAGGAGUGAGAUGACCCUGUAGUUGUUACAGUCUGUGCGGUCCCCCUUCUUAAAGAGGGGGACUACCAGGGCAUCCUUCCAAUCCUGCGGAACCCGUCCAGUGGUCCAGACUGUUAUGAUGUCAUAUAGGGCAGUCUGUGCACAAACGCCACCCUCCCUCAGCAUUUCGCUUGGGAGAUCAUCUCUGCCCGGUGCCUUUCUUGGUCUCAGACUCCGGAUCGCCUUCAGUACUUCCUCAACAGAUGGCACCUCAGCCAGCCACUCACAGGGAGUGACUUCUUCCAAUAUUUGAGGCACCGCAGCCUCAGCAGGGUCAUCCCCACUUUGUGCCAUGAUGUUUUCCUGGCUGAGGGAUUUCUCCUCCCCCAGGACCUCACAGAAAUGCUCAGCAAAUCUGCAAACCUGUUCCUGGGGGUCGGAGAUUGGUUCACCGUUUUCUCCCCUAAUGAUGCCUCUGAGCUCGCGACUCCGCGUGAUGUCACGAGACCAGCUGGAGCCAUGAAGUGGUCACGAAGUCGAAUCCAUGGAUCUCUGCUGACUCUGACCUGAGCUGAUGCUUGCUCUGCAGAAUUGGUCUGAUGGAGCCAAGGCACUCAGCUCAGCUCGGUACAAAAAGACAACAAUGCGACCAGUGUGCAUACAGCACGGAUCGUACUGGAAAUUUGAUGCAUCACCAGAGAACUCACACAGGAGAGAAACCUUUCAAGUGCACUGUGUGUGACAAGGCAUUUGCACAUUCAUCAGUUCUUAAAAAUCAUCAGAGAACACACACAGGAGAGAAACCCUUCAAGUGCACUGUGUGUGAGAAGGCAUUUGCGCAGUCAACAUAUCUUCAAACACACCAGAGAACACACACGGGAGAGAAACCCUUCAAGUGCAGUGUGUGUGGGAAGGCGUUUUCACAGUCAUCUCCUCUUGUAUUACACCAGAGAACACACACGGGAGAGAAACCCUUCAAGUGCACUCUCUGUGAGAAGGCGUUUGCACGGUCAACAUAUCUUCAAAUACACAAGAGAACACACACGGGAGAGAAACCCUUCAGGUGCACUCUGUGCGGGAAGGCGUUUGCACAGGCACCACAUCUUCAAAGACACCAGAUAACACACAGGCAUCAUAAGAUCCCCAAGGAGCGGAGUCUCAAAUCGGCUUGUGAAAGUCAAAGUGCUGCAAUGAGCCCAUCCCUCAUAAAACAAGAACCACAUGAAAAUCCCAGCUUGGACAAUUUGAAAGGUAUCAAGGUGAAAUAUGAAGAGGUGAAUGUGAAAUAUGAAGAGGCGAAGGUGAAAUGUGAAAAAGUGAAAGUGAAGAGUGAAUCGGACCUUCACAUCGAUGGAGGCAACGUAAAGCAGGAGGAAAAUUCAGACUGUGAGGCAGAGCGAGGCAACUCCCUGCAGUUUGUGGAAGUGGAGGUGUGGAUGGACUUUGACAAUACAAAGUCAAGUGGAGAUCCGGGAGAUGUGUAAGCUUGGGACACUGAAGCUCCGAUAGAUUGACCUUUGUCACAGGCCUUUAAUGAAAGAAUGUGAAGUUGAACACUCAAUUCCUAGGUUCAACCUGCAGAGUAAGAACGGCAAGUAUUUGUGGACCUGUGGGUUGGGUAGAUCUCUAACCAGGAGCCAGAGCCAAUAAGCUCCCAAGCAUUCACUACCCUCCCCUCCCCACCCAGCCCCUCCCUCCCCACCCAGCCCCUCCCUGCACGACGGACACAAUAAUCCCCUGUGGGCUAGUGUAACCAGGAGGUUCCUACCAGCAUAAUUGCAUAUAUAUGGUGCUUGCUUAAUUGCCUCAGCAACUCGGAGUUUUGUAUCAUAUCUAAUCAAAAACAUUCGAUAAGCACCCCAAAGUGGGAGCUGCCCCUGUGUGGCAUAAGGUGGCCCUGCAUCAGCCUGCAUGUGGGCAUGAGUCUGUCAGUAGGGGGCAAUAACUGAUGUGUAAUCUCAGUUGUGUAAUUUGUGGGUAAUGUUUCGAAUUUGACAAACUUUAACCACGACGUCAGCAUGCAAUGGCCUCGUUUUCAAUGACACAAUAGUACGUUUUACUUUCACUGUUAAGCAUUUGUGCAUAGUUGUAAUGAACGUUCCUGGACUAACCAGGGAUGCCUGUCGGACUUGAACCUUGAACCUCUGCAUCAAACAUAGAAUGCACUACCACUUAGAUUCCAUCAAACUGAGUGCUGCAGGUGUAGGCCUCAUCCAGACAGAGAUCAACUUCUUGUACAUACGAUAUAACAUGAAGUACAUGUCAGUGCAUUAAUUAUAUUUUUUUAAUAUGCCUAUCGAUAAUUUAGAAUUAUAAUUUAAUGAAUACUUGUCUGAUUUUGUGCAUACAGGUAACAUUUUGUCUAAGGGUCAAACAUGGAAUACGUGAAAAAGUGGGUGCUUGGUAGUAACCUGCACAUAUGACUCACGUGAGAGCUGUUGUUCUUGUGAUACAAGUCCAAGGAUAUUUUUCGUGAUUCAGGAAGCCUCUGCCUCUGCAGCAAGUCAUUGUCUUCGAAAUAAGGAUCAUUUGCAUCAUUCAUCAGUUACAAGGCAUACCACUUACAAGUUAUGGAUAGGAGAUACAUUCCCUACAACACGAAUUAUAAUUUUCUUUAUAUAGAUUUUGUCGAAUUAGGACUAAAAAUGAUCCUUGCUGAUUAACAUCUGCAUAUUCGUAACUAUCUGUUGAAGCAAGCCCGAAUGCUGUUGAGACACUACACCAAAACCGGUCCACAGUUGGCUUUCGCUGAAUCAAUGAUGCACUCCCAGAAGCUGGUGGUAUUUAUAGUUUGUGUAAAACAUUCUUUUGUUUCGUGGAGAGACUGAUGAAUGAAAUAGAUGUCGUGUCUGCUGAUCUGUUUCAUAGCAAGGAGGAAAUUUUAAGAUCCCAUUUGCUUAAAUAAAACGUUAUUAAAUCAC